AUGAACCGCACCGACGCCGAGCUCGACAGCGACUGGAAGCCAAAUGGCCGCCGCCCCCAAUCCACUAUCGCCCGCACCUUUAGUGCAGAGCUGGAGGAUCUUUUCCGGAUUGAUAACAGCGUAGCUGAUCUCGACGCCAACGUAAACAAGAAGAAGCAAGAGGUGACGACACAGACCUCCGAGCUCGAGGCUCUCGAGCGCCGCAUUCGCGAGAUGGAGGAGCGCCUGAAGCGAGGCGGCCAGGCCCCUGGGGCCGCAACCGGCUCGAGCCCGCGAGCCCAGCGCUCGCCACUCGGCGACACCUUCAGCCAGCAGCAGGCCCCCGCUACCGGCACCCAGAAGGAACUCCCCCAGAGGCCAUCCCGCCCCGGCACGGCCAAGGCCCAACAGCAGUCGCAACAGCAGAUGCACGGAGGGGCCAUGCCGCCAACUCCCACAGCCAGCGAAGGUGAAUACGAACUCGUCCCCGAACCACACUAUGCCAGCAAGAUGUCCUCAUCUUCACACACGUGCAAUGACUCUGAGAGUGGCCUCGAGACCCGAAGUUUUGCUGACUUGGUGGUUGUUUCUAAAGAUGGUGAUCACGACUCAUAA